AUGCUUCCGCAAGAGGAAUUGCCCAUCUUGGAAGCCUUGGUCAACAUCAAGCACCGUUUGACGGCUUUGAAAAAGGACACGACCAAGUUCAUCCGAGCCAAAGAUGUCAUGUCCAUCUAUUCUCAAGUGGCCAAAGAGGUCAACAAGCUCAACGCAGUCCGGGACCGUCAAACUCAAGAAGGGAUGAUCAGCGUCUCUGCGCAGAUGGAACAGCAACACCUGUCUCAAGUGGACGUCAAGCCGCCUAGCGAAACCAACCGGGUGGAUCAGGUCCUGAACGAUGUCUUUGGGCUGUUGAGCUUGUUCUUCUUGACGAUCGGCAAGACCAAGGAGAGUCCAGGGGUUUACUGUCAGAUCGCUAGUAUGAGGCAACUCCUGGACCACAUGCAAGAAUCAGGGAUUUAUACGCAGCAAGACUUGCAACCGUUUGUGCAGCGUCUGCACGUCGUCAAGUCCAUCAUCAAAAAGGACAAGGAGGAGGGUAAACAAUAUACGGGAGUGGUCAAGCUGAUGUGGCGCAAGUGGGAGGAUUGUGAACGUCUCUUGAAGACCCUUCUGAAAUCGCUUUCGGUCCUCUCGGUCGAGCUCGUACCGAUCCACCAACGCCUCGUCCACAUCCGACGCCAGCUCAGCGCCUUGGCCGCUCAGUUGAAACAUGAAAAGAAGGAACUAAAACCUCUCGUCGAGGAACUGCGAAAGAUCGAUUCUUCCCGUGUCGACGGCAAGUUUUUGGGACCGGGAGGCACUUCGGUUCCAGCGGGUCAGGCGAUCUUGGUCGGUUUGUUGGAAGAGUGUUUCGAGAUCAUCCAGGAUAUCCGGGCGAGGGAGGGAGCGGAGAACGUUUCGCCGCCUUUGAAGCCGGUUUGGGAGCGAUUGACCGAGAUGAGGGCCAAGUUGGAGCGAUUGCAACUGACGCACCGGUGGACUUUGAGGGAGACGGACUUGUACAACUACGCACAAGCCCUAAGAGAAGUCGACGGUAUGCGAGUCGACGGGAGCUUUGUCGAUACUGAGGGUAACAAGGCCGAGGGUCAAUACGUGUUAUUAUACUUGUUGAGGCGAUGUCACGGUCUCAUCUAUCGGUUGAUUGCCGAGUCGGAACCCAUUUCGGAGGAAUUGAUGCCGAUCGCCAACAAGUUGUCGACGAUAAAGAAGUGCUUGAACGAGGUCAUGAAGUACGGUGGACCGUUCAGCGCGCGAGAUCUCUAUCCGUAUCACCUCGCCCUGCACCAAAUCGACUCGCUCCGACAAGACGGCAAGUUCUUGUCAGAAGACGGCUCGAUACCGGAGGGUCAAGCCAUCCUGGUGGCACAAUUGAGCGAGGCGCAUGAACUGCUCGAGAUGCUCAAGGAGAACACUGGCGAUGCGAGCGACGACGAGGACGAAGACGAGGACUUGAGCGACGACGACGAUCAGAUCAACUAUAGCUUGAGUAAGGCAGCACCGUUGGAUGCUACCCCGCGAACGAGGCAGGCGGGUGAGGAAGCUGUAGAAGCGAAGAGUGCGGAAUAG